AUGGUGAGUACUAGAAUUUGGUCUCUAUGUGUGCUAUUGGUGGUGGUUUGCUGUUCACAUGCAGCAGCUGAAGAAGAAGGUUGGCGGCUGGGGGAAGAAGGAGGUGCCGCCGGAGAAGAGGGCGGCGGCAGCAGCAGCAGCAAGGGGAAGUGGUUCGUGUUGCAGGACUCGAAACACGUGGUGAAAACUGAUGCUGGAGAUAUGAGGGUGGUUGGGGGUUUUGGAAGCAAAUUUAUGACAAGCCCGAUGCAUGUCGGGUUCAUUACUAUGGAACUGAGAACCCUUUUCAUCCCUCAGUCAUUUUCGUCAUUCCUAUCUAUAAUAUAUAUAUGUGUGUGCGCGCGCAAUACUUAUCUUGGAUUGGAUCAAUGGACUAUAGGGGAAGCAAGAGUUGGGCAUAUAUACAAAGAUGAACUUGUGGAGAGGAGUUUGAAGGUGGGAGAUAUCUAUAGAAUCGAAGCAGGCUCGGCUUUUUAUAUGAUCAAUAGAGCAGAGGGGGAAAAGCUGCAUGUAAUCUGCAGCAUUGAUGCAUCAGAGUCUCUUCAAUAUUGGCACACCGUCCAGUCUUUCUUCGUUGCUGGUGGAACGUAUCCAGCUUCGGUUCUUUCGGGCUUCGAUCACUCGACGUUAUCAGCUGCAUUCAAUGUUUCAGAAGCGGAACUAGGCAUAAUGCUGACGAAGCAGCACAACGGUCGGAUCAUAUACUUGUCAUCGAACGACUCACGUUCACCUUGUUUGUGGUCGAAAUUCUCCGAAAUGGAGCAUCAUCAGAAACUAACACAUAUGAGGAGAAUUGUCCAUGUAACUGGAGCAGAGGAUAUCGAACACAUGGAAGAAGAACAACCAAUAGUAGCAUGGUCUAUCAGAAAACUCCUGUUCUCCGUUUUCGGAAAAGUGGACAACAAAAAAAUGGAAAGCAAAAAGCCACAUUCUUACAACAUCUACGAUAGAACGGGUUGGAGCACUGCGUUGAACGGGUCCCACUAUUCGCCCCUUAAACAUGAAGAUCUCGGUGUUUAUCUUGUCAAUCUAUCUGCGGUAUGGUCCAUUAAUUUCACAUAUCUCAUGAACAUGCGUCUGUUUUUUCAUAUUAAUCACGGAAAAUGCACCUGUUUGAUAAAAUUGCAGGGAUCGAUGAUGGCACCACACAUUAAUCCAAGAGCAACCGAAUACGGGAUAGUAUUGAGAGGAUCCGGCACUAUCCAAACCGUGCACCCGAACGGAACCCUAGCCAUGAAUGCGCAGGUGACGGAGGGCGACGUUUUCUGGAUACCGCGAUACUUCCCCUUCUGCCAGAUCGCAUCCAGAUCCGGCCCGUUUGAGUUCUUCGGGUUCACCACAUCGGCCCGAAACAACAGGCCUCAGUUCCUCGCCGGAGCGAACUCGCUGCUCCACGUUAUGAGAGGGCCCGAGUUCGAAGCUGGAUUCGGGCUGACCGAGGACGGGCUGAAUGAGAUCCUGAACGCGCAGCGGGAGUCGAUUAUCUUGCCCGCGGCGGCGGAAGGAGGUCCGACGGAAGAGGUGGUCGGAAACUAAUUAGCUUAGGCAGUGAUUCGGUGCAUGUGUUCGAUUAGCGGGCAUUUUUUAUUUUGAUUUUGAUUUUGAUUUUGAUUUUGAUUGUUGAGGUGAUCUUCAUUAAGUAAUAAAUGUGGAGUUUGUUUGCAUACAAA